GGGGUCUGCGGCCGACCCCUUUGCUGUCCGGCGCAUUGCUGCAGACCCUGCUACUCCAAGGCAACGGACAGUGGUACACGCAUAGAACCUGUUGAGCAGAGAACAGCAACCUGUCUUAACUUGGGAGAACCUCUCCUUUUCUGAGAAGGAAAGAUGUCGAACGGGUGUUCUGCAGACAGGAGUUUCCAAUAUCUCAUCUCGUGCUUCAGGGCCAGAGUGAAAAGGUACAUUCACGUGGAACCCGUACUGGACUACCUGACCUUUCUGCCUGCAGAGGUGAAAGAGAAGAUUCAGAGGUCGGCCGUCACCCAGGGGGACAUUUGCGCAGCUGGACUGCUCCUGAGCACCUUGGAGAAGGGGGACUGGCCCCUGGGCUGGCCUCGGGUGUUUGUGGAGGCCCUCAAGAGAGCAGGCAACCCUUUAGCGGCCCGCUACAUGAACCCUGAGCUCACAGACUUGCCCUCGCCAUCCUUUGAGAACGAUCAUGAUGAGUGCCUCCAACUGCUGAACCUCCUUCAGCCCACUCUGGUGGACAAGCUUCUGGUUAGAGAUGUCUUGGAUAAAUGUGUGGAGGUGGAACUGUUGACAAUCGAAGACAGAAAUCGGAUAGCAGCAGCAGAAACUAAUGGAAAUGAAGCAGGUGUGAGAGAACUCCUGAGAAGGAUUGUGCAGAAAGAAAACUGGUUUUCCACAUUUGUGAUUGUUCUGAGGCAAACGGGAAAUGAAAGACUUGCCCACGAGUUAACAGGCUCUGGUGGCUCCGAACCCAGUUCAGAGAGUGAGAAUUCCCCACAAGAAGAUGGUCCUGAAGUUAAAGAGCCACUUCUUUUAGCCUCAGAUCUGCCAAGUCCAGAGACGCAGGGCUGGGACAUGGAGAAUAAUUCAAUGGGAUCAUCAUUUGCGGAUUCUUCUGUAGUUUCAGAAUCAGACACAAGUUUGGCAGAAGGAAGUGUCAACUGCUUAGAUGAAAGUCUUGGACAUAACAGCAACAUGGGCAGUGAUUCAGGCACCACGGGAAGGGAUUCAGAUGAAGAAAAAGAGGCAGCCAAAGCCUCCCUUGAGCCAGAACUACAUCUCAGGCCUUACCAAAUGGAAGUUGCCCAGUCAGCCUUGGAGGGAAAGAACAUCAUAAUAUGCCUUCCUACCGGGAGUGGGAAAACCAGAGUGGCUGUUUACAUUGCCAAGGAUCACCUGGACAAGAAGAAAACAGCGUCCAAACCAGGAAAAGUGAUAGUCCUUGUCAACAAGGUACCAUUAGUGGAACAGCUCUUUUGCGGAGAGUUUCAACCAUUUCUGAAGAAAUGGUAUUCCGUUACUGGAUUAAGUGGUGAUACCCAAUUGAAAAUAUCAUUUCCAGAAGUUGUCAAAUCCCAUGAUGUCAUUAUCAGUACAGCUCAAAUCCUGGAAAACUCCCUUUUAAACUCAGAAGAGGGAGAAGAUGAUGGUGUCCAGUUGUCAGAUUUCUCCCUCAUCAUCAUUGAUGAAUGCCAUCACACCAAAAAAGAAGCAGUCUAUCAUAACAUCAUGAGGCGUUAUCUGAAACAGAAGUUGAAAAACAAGAGACUUGAGAAAGAAAACAAACCAGUGAUUCCCCUCCCUCAGAUCCUGGGACUAACAGCUUCACCAGGUGUUGACGGGGCCACCAAGCAAGCCAAAGCUGAAGAACACAUCUUAAAAAUAUGUGCCAGUCUUGAUGCAUCUACUAUUAAAACUGUGAAAGAAAACAUCAGUCAACUUAAACACCAAAUAAAGGAGCCAUGCAAAAAGUUUGUCAUUGCAGAUGACACCAGAGAAGAUCCAUUUAAAGACAAACUUCUGGAAAUAAUGACAAAGAUUCAAACUUUUUGCCAAAUGAGUCCAAUGCCAGAAUUUGGAACUCAACCCUAUGAACAGUGGGCCAUUAAAAUGGAAAAACAAGCUGCGAAAGAAGGAAAUCGCAGAGACCGCCUUUGUGCAGAACAUUUGAGGAAGUACAAUGAGGCCCUGCAAAUUAAAGACACCAUCCGAAUGAUUGAUGCAUAUAACCACCUUGAAACUUUCUAUAAUGAUGAAAAAGAGAAGAAGUUUGCAGUCCUAGAUGAUAGUGAUGGGAGUGGUGAUGAUGGUGAUGAAGAUGAGAAUGAUGAAAAGAAACCUUUGAAACUGGAUGGGACAGAUGAAUUUCUCAUGGAUUUAUUUAUGGAUAACAAGCGUGUGUUGAAAAAACUGGCUGAAAACCCAGAAUAUGAAAAUGAAAAGCUGACCAAAUUAAGAAAUACCAUAAUGGAGCAAUAUACAAAGACUGUGGAAGCAAGAGGAAUAAUUUUCACAAAAACUCGGCAGAGUGCAUAUGCCCUUGCCCAGUGGAUUAAUGAAAAUGAAAAAUUUGCAGAAGUGGGAGUCAAAGCCCACCAUCUGAUUGGAGCUGGACACAGCAGUGAGUUCAAGCCCAUGACACAGAAUGAACAAAAAGAAGUCAUUAGGAAAUUUCGCACAGGAAAAAUAAAUCUGCUUAUCGCUACCACAGUGGCAGAAGAAGGUCUGGAUAUUAAAGAGUGCAAUAUGAUUAUUCGUUAUGGUCUCGUCACUAAUGAAAUAGCCAUGGUCCAGGCCCGCGGCCGAGCCAGAGCGGAUGAGAGCACCUACAUCCUGGUUGCCAGCAGCGGCUCAGGAGUUGUAGAACGCGAGACAGUUAAUGACUUCCGAGAGAAAAUGAUGUAUAAAGCUAUAAACCGUGUUCAGAAUAUGAAACCAGAGGAGUUUGCUCACAAGAUUCUGGAAUUACAGAUGCAAAGUCUAAUGGAAAAGAAAAUGAAAAUGAAGAGAAGUAUCGCCAAGCAUUACAAGGAAAACCCAUCAUUAAUAAGUUUCCUCUGCAAAAACUGCAGCGUGCUUGCCUGCUCUGGAGACAAUGUGCAUGUAAUUGAGAAAAUGCACCAUGUCAAUAUGACACCAGAAUUCAAGGAACUCUACACUGUGACAGAAAACAAAGCACUGAAAAAGAAGUUUGCAGACUAUCAAGCAAACAGUGAGAUCAUCUGCAAAGCGUGUGGCCAGGCUUGGGGAACGAUGAUGGUGCAUAGAGGCUUAGAUUUGCCUUGUCUCAAAAUAAAGAAUUUUGUCGUGGUUUUUGAAAAUAAUUCAACAAAAAAACAAUACAAAAAGUGGGUAGAAUUACCUAUCACAUUUCCUGAUCUUGACUAUUCAGAAUAUUGUUUGCUUAGUGAUGAAGAUUGAGAUUCGAUUCAAGAUUCUUUUAAAAUAUUGUCAACAUUUAAUAUGAUUUUGAGUAGUAUUUUUAUAAUACUAAGGAACUGAUGUGAACAUUAAUAAAAUAAUUGCUUUACUCUGAGAUGAGCUGUAUAAAGGAAAAUAA